CCGCCAGGCGGCGCCCCGGCCCCACCACCGACUUCCCCUCCAUGCCCCGGCUCCGGCCAUGAGGCUGCAGCGGGCGGCGGCCCGGUUGCUGUCACUCUACCAACGGGCCGGGGCCGGCCUCCCGCCGAGGCGAGCGGCUGUGCGGGCAGCGGGGCAGGUGGAAAGUAAAACAAAAGGGAAACCUCAGAAGCAGAUCUGUCAAGUUGUCCUGGAUCAUUUUGAGGAGCAGUACACAGCAGAACUGGGAGAUGCCUGGGCCAGCAUCAGAGAUGUGCUCACGUACCCAUUGUGCUGGCAGUACGCGGUUCUGCUCAACAAGUUCUGCCAUUCCCUGGAACUGGAGAGCACCUUGGCUGUGAAGGGAUAUCAUCCUGCCUUUCAUGGAAGUUUGCCCUAUCUUCCAUCCUCAUUGAAGUGUUACAUUAGGAGAACUCCUGGGAGAUACCCUGCACAGAAACAUCAGGCUGGGAAACUCAAGGAGUAUUAUCUGCUGAAUGCUGCUUCGCUGUUGCCAGUGUUGGCAUUAGAAGUGAAAGAUGGAGAAGAUGUUUUGGAUCUCUGUGCUGCACCAGGGGGUAAAUCAGUAUCUAUACUGCAGUGUGCCUGUCCAGGUCAGUUUCACUGUAAUGAAUAUGAUGAUUUGAGGUCCAGAUGGUUGAAAGAGACAAUAGAAUCCUUCAUCCCAGAGCCUUUGGCUAACUUGAUAAUGGUCUCUAAACUGGAUGGUAGACAGAUUGGAGAUCUUAAGCCUGAAUUAUAUGAUAAGGUACUAGUUGAUGCUCCUUGUUCGAAUGACAGAAGUUGGCUAUUUUCUUCUGAUAUUCAGCAAGCGACACUUAGGCUAAUACAAAGGAAAGAGUUAUCAUCUCUGCAGUUCCAGCUGCUAAGGUCUGCUAUUAAAGCACUGCGUCCUGGUGGAUCGUUGGUCUACUCUACGUGCACCCUCUCAAAGGCAGAAAACAGUGAUGUAAUAAAUCUCAUUCUGAACUCCUGCAGUAAUGUUAUGCCUGUAGAUAUAAGUGAAAUGGCCAAAGCUGUUUCUCACGAAUUCAGUUUUCUCAGUGGUACUCAACAGCAUGAACUUCUGGUUCUCCCAGAGAAGGGGAGAGCAUGGGGUCCAAUGUACAUAGCUAAAUUAAAGAAAGUGUAGUCCAUCUGAUGCCUGUUAGUUUUUUAUAAGGGGUAUGUGAUAAAUGAACGUUGAUUUCUAAUACAUUAUGUGUAUAUGAACAUGUCCAAGGCAACUGAAUUUAGAGCAUUGCUGUUUUGUAUCAGCUGAUGCCUAAUAAAAGGAUAGCUAGACACUUAGUUUAGCUGAAAACGCUGAA